CGCUUGCAGCCGAAGCAGCCUCAGUCGCCGCCUCCUCUUGUAAAGGAAGAGAUGAAUCACGAGCCAAGACAUCUGCCACCACCACUACCUGCUCCUGCUCCUGGACCUCCUGGACCUCCUGGUCCUGGUCAACUGUCGACGACGACGACCACCAUCGAAGUGAUUAACCUUGAUAGCGAUGAGGAUGAUAAGGAUGCAAUAGUAAGAGGAGGAGGAGUACGACAACAAAGUUCUUCAGCUGCUGUGGCCAAGAGUAUGCAGGCUAAACAUGAGACGGGGGGACAUGUUCCCGAGUUGAUUAUCAUUGAUAGCGGCAGUGAGGACGAGGAUGAUGGAGGAGGUGGAGGACAGCAACAGCAGCAGCAACAAAUACUAGCAAACCAAAGUUCGUCCAUUGUUGCCAAUAGUAUGCAGGCUAAACAUGAGACGGGGGGACAUGUUCCCGAAUUGAUUAUCAUCGAUAGCGGCAGUGAGGACGAGGAUGAUGGAGGAGGAGGACAACAACAACAACAACAAAUACUAGCAGCCCAAAGUUCGUCCAUUGUUGCCAAUAAUGUCUCCAGCUCCUCAAGUCACACUAACCACAACCAGAACCAGAACCAGACAAGGCCGGAAAAGAGUAGGCCGCCCCCCAAGCUGCCCCCGGCGCCGCCGUUGAUGCCGGGGCUGCUCCGAACGCCCAAACGAAUCAUUUCGCCCAUGAAGGCUGCCGCGGCUGCUACUGCUUCUGGCAAGGAACUUCAGCAAUCACAGGCGGCGGCGGCUCCAACGACUUCUGCCGUCGUAGCAUCGGCUCCAACAACUUCAGCUGCAGCUGAAGAAGCUGUGGGGCGACCACCGUCGGUGCCCGAACUGGCUUCAGCACCACAGCCNUCUGGCAAGGAACUUCAGCAAUCACAGGCGGCGGCGGCUCCAACGACUUCUGCCGUCGUAGCAUCGGCUCCAACAACUUCAGCUGCAGCUGAAGAAGCUGUGGGGCGACCACCGUCGGUGCCCGAACUGGCUUCAGCACCACAGCCACCGUCACAACCUUCACAGUCACCACCACCACAACCACAACUUCCACAACAACAACAACUUCCACAAGAGCUUCAACAAGAGCAGGAGUCACAACCACCCGAGCAAGAGUCACAAACUCCCAGGCAACCGCUCUCCUCAAUACCUCAAAUUGCAUCGCCGUCACCACCUCGAGAAGCUGCAGCAGCAGCAGCAGCAGCAAAUGAGCCGGCGGAGAAUGCUGGCGUCGAGGAGCAACAGCAGCAACCAACCGAACCGGCUCCAGGAGUUGCAGAUGCCGUACCGGCUGCUCUGCCAUCUCCUGAAGCAGCAGCAGUGGCAGCAGUGGCAGCUGAAGCUAAAGAGCAUGAAAACUCGGGCACCGAGUCCUCGAACGAGAGUCACGACAACAAUGUCUCCAACGACAAUGUUUCCAAUGUCAAUGUCAACGAAGAUGACGACGACAACGUUGACGGCAUCAACAAC